GUGCCGCCUGCUGAAACCGUUCCUCAGGUGAAGAAGGAGAAGCACAGUACGCAGGCCAAGAACAGAGCGAAGAGGAAACCUCCUAAAGGAAUGUUCCUUUCCCAAGAAGAUGUGGAGGCUGUUUCUGCCAAUGCGACAGCUGCUACCACUGUACUCAGACAACUGGACAUGGAAUUAGUCUCAAUCAAACGACAGAUUCAAAAUAUCAAACAGACAAACAGUGCGCUCAAAGAAAAACUUGAAGGUGGUAUAGAACAAUACAGACUUCCAGAGGUCGUUCAAAAAUUUAAUGCACGUUGGACCACGGAUGAGCAGCUUCUUGCUGUGCAAGCAAUCAGGAAAUACGGUCGAGACUUUCAGGCAAUCUCUGAUGUGAUUGGAAACAAAUCUGUGGUGCAAGUGAAAAACUUUUUUGUAAAUUAUCGACGUCGUUUCAACAUAGAUGAAGUUCUACAGGAGUGGGAGGCAGAGCAUGGCAAAGAGGAGACAAAUGGAACCAAUAGCCAGAAGCCUGUAAAAUCCCCAGAUAAUUCCACUAAAAUGUCCGAAGAGGAAGAUGAGGCUACUUCUGUUCUUGAUGUCAGAUAUGCAUCUGCUUCGUGAGAAGGUGCUGUAGCCUAGAACAAUUUGUGUUGACUACUGUGUUAUCCAAGAUAUCAGGUAUUAGCAAACCUCAGACAGCCAUCUGCAUCAUAUCUGUGGACAAGCAGCUAUUACCAAAAAAAGGCAAACGCUUCCAGUCCUGUGCUACAUCUGCCUUAAUCUCCCCUCAUUCCUCCAUACUGCCUCCACUUUCUUUCAAAAGCACCCAGGUAGCUCAGCUUUCCAUUUCAUCAACGUCCUGCUUAAGCAUUGGGAUUUCUAGAACCAGUAACACCUGUCUGUAAAUUUUGACCAACCUGCAAAACAAGGAGCUCCUUAGCAGCCCCACAGUGACUCUACACAUUAGGAGUUCUUAUAAGACUUGGUCCGUAGGGUAUAAGUAUGUAUCGCUGCAUGGCCUUGUGGUCUCUGCUUCCUGUGUAUUCUUACAAUGACACUAUUAUUAGUGAGCUUUCUAUAAAGGAGAGGCCUCUGCACAUGCCAGUGGUGUCAGGUUUGUUAUGAAAUGACAGGGCAUGUUAACA